AUGAAUCGAUCAAGCCGCUCAGUUCAUAUCUAUCGAUCUAACUCAAUCGUCUCUUUAUCUAUCUAUCUAUCUAUCUAUCUAUCUAUCUAUCUAUCUAUCUAUCUAUCUAUCUCAUUAUCUAUCUAUCUAUCUAUCUAUCUAUCUAUCUAUCUAUCUAUCUAUCUAUCUAUCUAUCUAUCUAUCUAUCUAUCUAUGUGUCUGUUUUACCUAUCUAAGUUUAAUCAUGUGUAUCUAUCUGUCUCAAUCUUUUCUAUCUCUUUCCGUUUAUCACUUUCUGCGUUAAUAUCUAUCAAUCUAUUUCAACCAGUUUUCUAUCUAUCUAUCUAUCUAUCUAUCUAUCUUUAUCUAUCUAUCUAUCUAUCUAUCUAUCUAUCUAUCUAUCUAUCUAUCUUAACCUCAUCAUAUCUAUCUAUCUAUCUAUCUAUCUAUCUAUCUAUCUAUCUAUCUAUCUAUCGAUCGAUCUUUUUUUGUUAUUUUCAUUUCGUUUCUUUAUCUAUCUAUCUAUCUAUCUAUCUAUCUAUCUAUCUAUCUAUCUAUCGCAGUCUUUUAUUAUCUAUCUAUCUAUUCAUUUUUUAUCGAUCUCACUCGAUUCAUGCAUAUCUAUCAGCGGGAGCCAUCUUUCGUUCAUAUUCAUUCUUUCUUAUCGUCUUUCUUUUCUUUCUUUUUCAUUCAUUCUCUUUAUUUCUUGUUUUCUUUUCCCAUUCAUUCUCUUUCCUACGUUCUAAAUUUAUCAUUCAUUUCCUUUCUUUCUAUCGUUUUUAUUUAUUGUCUUUUUUCUUUUUUUUUCUUUCAGUGUUUUUCUUUUUUCUUUUUUUCGUUUUCUUCAUUUCUUUUUAUUUAGACUUAUUUUUCUUUCUUUCUUUUUUUCAUCUAUUUUCUUUCUUUUUCUUCUGUUCAAUUUCUUUCUUUCUUUCUUUCCACCCUCUUUCUUUUUCGUCUUUUUUCUUUCAUUUCCUUUGUUCGGUUUAUUUUUCUUUUUUUUCUUUUUCAUUCAUUCUAAUUUCUCUCUCUCUCUUUCUUUCUUUCUUUCUUUCUUUCUUUCUCAUUCUCAUUCUUCAUAUUAAUUUCUUUCUUUCUUUCUUUCUUUCUUUCUUUCUUUCUUUCUUUCUUUCUUUCUUUCUUUCUUUCUUUCUCCUGUACAUUAACUUUCUUUUUCAUCCAUUCUCUUUUUUUUUCAUUAUUUUAGUUCUUCUUCAUGUCUUCACUUUCUUUUUUAUACUUCCCUUUUUCUUCUUUCUCAUUCAUUUUAAUUUCUUUCUUUUUGACUUUCUUUCUCAUUUAUUAUAA